GGGUGGACGUGGGAGGCAAUUCCGGACGUGACUCUCCCGUACCCGAUGUGAGCAAGUUGACGUUUCCGCCUUCGCGGCUCAAGGGGUCUGUCCCUCGCCUCCGGCUCCCGCGGCCGAGAUUACAUCUUUCCAGAGGGGCUCUGUUAUUUCCCAUCCCCUCUGAAUCUCUCCUCUCCACCGACCCCCUCCCCACCUCCCCAAGUUCCCCUCAACCCUUCAGGCCCGGCCUAGUUCCCUCUGCACUCCCAGGCCUACCUUCCCUCCCGCCCCCCUCAGCCUUAGAAGCCCCACUACCCCCCGGCCUCCCGCUUCUGUCUCCUUCAAGCCUGGAUCCUUCUCUCUUCUACCCUCCAAGCCGUCAUCCUCAGAGAUCGAGGCCCCACCCCGGCUCACACCUAACCCCCGACCUCUCCCUUCCGUCAGCCCCUCCCUCCCCCCAAAUUCCUAGCACCAGAGAGGCCUGGUUCCAGUCACCCCAAGGUCUCACCCCCGUCCCUGCUUCAUCAUCAUCAUUAUCCCCAGAACACGCUUUCCGGUCCCUCCAAAUCCCCAGCCUCUUACAUCCCCUAAACCUGGUGCCCCCCUACCCCCGCCCCCUUUCCUCCACUCGGUCCAGAAUGGGGGACAACACCAGCCCCAUCAGUGUGAUCCUGGUCAGUUCAGGGAGCAGGGGCAAUAAGUUGCUAUUCAGGUAUCCAUUUCAGAGAAACCAGGAACACCCUGCAUCCCAGACAAAUAAGCCACGUAGCCGAUAUGCUGUUAACAACACAGGAGACAAUACAGAUGACCAAGAUGGGGACUCCAGCGAGCAAUGUCCUCUAACUGAUGAACAAUUGGUUGCAGGAUUUUCAGAUGUUAUUCUAGCAACGAUUUUGGCAACUAAGUCUGACAUGUGUGGUCAGAAAUUUGAGCUGAAGAUUGAUAACGUACGCUUUGUUGGUCACCCUACACUUCUGCAACAUGCCCUGGGACAGGUGUCCAAAACAGAUCCAUCUCCAAAAAGAGAGAUGCCGACGAUGAUUCUCUUUAAUGUGGUAUUUGCAUUAAGGGCCAAUGCAGACCCUUCUGUGAUAAACUGCCUGCAUAACCUAUCACGUCGGAUCGCCAUUGUGCUGCAGCACGAAGAGCGGCGUUGCCAGUACCUGACCAGAGAGGCCAAGCUGAUCCUAGCCAUUCAGGACGAAGUGUCUGCCAUGUCUGACAGUCCACAGUCUCCGUUUCAUCACAUUCUUCCCAAGUGUAAUUGGCCAGAGACCUCAAAGGACGCUUAUGACAGCCUGUGCACCACCGGCGUGGUACGGUUACACAUCAACAAUUGGCUGGAAGUGAGCUUCUGCCUGCCUCAUAAAAUCCAUUAUGUCGCAACAAAUUUUAUACCUCCUGAAGCCAUUGAAAGAAGCCUGAAAGCCAUCCGGCCUUACCAUGCCCUACUGCUGCUCAAUGAUGAGAAUUCCCUACUCAAUGAACUCCCAUUAGACUGUUCCCCUGCCCUUGUGAGAGUGAUUAAGACCACCUCUGCCGUGAAGAAUCAGCAGCCAGCUUGCUCGGAUGCCGAUCUGGCACUGCUGCAGGUUUUCCAGCUUGCUGCCCACUUGGUAUACUGGGGCAAGGCCAUCAUCAUCUACCCACUGUGUGAGAACAAUGUCUACAUGCUGUCUCCCAAUGCCAGCGUGUGCCUAUAUUCUCCACUGGCUGAUCAGUUUUCUCGGCAGUUUCCUGCUCACGAUUUGCCAUCUGUUCUUGCCAAAUUCUCGUUGCCAGUUUCCUUAUCAGAAUUCAAGAAUCCUCUUGCUCCACCAGUACAGGAGACACAACUCAUCCAGAUGGUGAUCUGGAUGCUUCAGCAUAGGCUUCUGAUCCAACUGCACACAUAUGUUUGCCUGAUGGUGCCCCCCAACGAAGAAGAGAGCCGUGCACGAGAGGAGGAUGUGCCCUUCACCGCCCGCGUCGGAGGCAGGAGCCUCAGCACACCCAACGCCCUGAGCUUUGGCUCACCAACCAGCAGUGAUGACAUGACCCUCACAAGCCCCAGCAUGGAGAACUCCAGUGCCGAGCUGCUCCCCAGUGGAGACUCACCACUGAAUAAAAGGAUGACUGAGAAUCUGUUGGCCAGUCUGUCGGAGCAUGAGCGGGAAGCCAUCCUCAAUGUCCCUGCUGCUCAGAACCCUGAAGAUCUCCGCAUGUUUGCCAGGCUAUUACAUUAUUUCCGGGGACGCCAUCACCUAGAGGAGAUUAUGUACAAUGAAAACAUGCGACGGUCCCAACUGCUGAUGCUCUUCGACAAGUUCCGAAGUGUGCUUGUGGUCACCAACCAUGAGGACCCAGUGAUCUCAGUUUUCCAGUCACUUCUAAAAUGAAUGGGAAGUUAGCCCCCUGCUCAGAGGAGCAGGCACCUGGAGAAUUCUUUGAGCCACCAAGGGCCAGAGGGGUUGAGGAGGCAUUCCACAAAAAGGGCGACUGUCUUGGGACCCUGUUUGGUUUCCCCUCCAGCUCUAAGUUGGCCCUUCAUGUUAUUCCUCCUUUUGAGAAGCAUCAGUGACUAUGGACUGCUGAGGAGGACAGAAUUAGUGGGAUGUAAAGGUUCACUUAUUUGGACCUUGAAUCCUGGAUGUCGGUGGAGGAAAGCCUGUGUGUUGGCUCAGUGAAGCUUGAAGAACAUGCCCUGAUAUAACAUGACUUAUACGCCAGCUUCCUAAUCUGGAAUCCACUAUGGGCUCUAGCUCAGCUUGAGCUUGCUGCUAGACUGGCAUAGAGACUUCUCUGAGUUUGCCAGUCAUUCCUGGACAUGUGACUAUCCUGUAUACUCACUGGUUGUCAGCCUGGGGUUGGUGGGGUGGGGGAAGCCGAGAGGCCUUCCUUUCCCUGCGUAAGCAGCAUCUGGUUUUCGUAAGGUUCUCUUAAAGGCUAACCUUCCCAACCCAACCACGGUGUAGUCCCAGAGCUAAGGGGUUGUUGAAAAUGUCAGAGCCAGGAGUCAGCUUUCUAGCUUCUCUGCCUCGUGCCUUUCCCCUGCCCCUUAUAAUGAUCAUUCAGGUUCUCCAGUGAGCACCCCAUCUUUGAUUCAGCUUUUUACCCCUGUAUUCUCAUGCAAGCCAUUAUAGAAAACAUGGCUUAACCCUUUGGGUCCCUCCCACACAGAGUAGCCCGCAUGCUUUGACAGCAAGGGGCUACAGCUGGCCAGGAGACCAGUGAGCAGCAGCAGCAGCAGCAGCAGCAGCAAGGCAAUGGGAACACAGGACGUUUCUUCAGUGCCGGAGCAGCCGCCCCUGAUGAGAUUCACAGCCAGUUAGGUCGUUUUUGUCAGCGCUUCUGCCAGACUCUGUCUGCGGAAUAAAUACACUUUCUAUGCCAUUAGGGUAAAAUGCUUAAGUAGGCAGUGACACUGGGGCCUCUUGAUUUAGAUGGGUUUUGCAUCAGCUGCAGAGCUAGCUAGGUUAUCCCUGGGCCAGCAGCAUUGAAAACAGCUUAGUGUCUGCCCCAGGCUCCGUGGGGAAAAUUGCCCUGGUCCCCAGGGCAGCUCCCUGACAAGGCCUGCCAUGACACCUUGGCAACCAGCAAGGAUGGCAGCCUCAGGGCUAUAUAAAAAAGGAAGACCAUGGCCCUGGUUGUGGCUCAGAUGGUGUCUUUGGAUGUCCAGGGCUUCUGUCCUGCUGUUUGGGCAAGGCCACAAAUGGCUGCAAUUAGGAAGUCAAAUUGCUUUAAAGGAGAGGGUGAGGUACCCCUAACCCAUGACUUAGAGGCCGUGGUGGCAAGAACCACCUCCCUGAAGGCUGUUGACGUUCCUGCCCUACGAUACCACACUGAAAAAAAAAAAAGAAAUGAGACGCUAGUAUGUACAUGACUCACCUAACAUUGUUUUGUGGAAACAAGAAUUUAUUUUUCUAAACCUCUAAAAUCUUUGCUGGAGCCUAGCCAAGCCA